GGCGGGCGCGGCGGCUCUCGCUGUCUGUCGGUCGCUCGGUGUCUGUCGGUCGCUCGGUGUGGGUCGGCGGCGGGGCAGGAUGACGGCGAACGGGACGGCGGAGCCGGUGCAGAUCCAGUUCGGGCUGAUCAACUGCAGCAACCGGUACCUGACGGCGGAGGCGUUCGGCUUCAAGGUGAACGCCUCGGCCGCCAGCAUGAAGAAGAAGCAGAUCUGGACGCUGGAGCAGGACGGGGAGGACUCCAGCGCCGUGCUGCUCAAGAGCCACCUGGGCCGGUACCUGGCGGCCGACAAGGACGGGCGGGUGAGCUGCGACAGCGAGGAGCCGGGCCCCGACUGCCGGUUCCUGGUGCUGGCCCACGGCGACGGGCGGUGGUCGCUGCAGUCCGAGCCCCACCGCCGCUUCUUCGGCGGCACCGAGGACCGCCUGUCCUGCUUCGCCCCCGCCGUCUCGGCCGCGGAGAAGUGGAGCGUCCACCUGGCCAUGCACCCCCAGGCCAACCUCUACAGCCUGGCCCGCAAGCGCUACGCGCACCUGGGGCCCCGGCGCGACGAGCUGGCCGUGGACCGCGACGUGCCCUGGGGCGUGGAUGCGCUCAUCACCCUGCUGUUCGUGGAGCAGCGCUACAGCCUGCAGAGCUGCGACCACCGCCUGCUCCGCAGCGACGGCCGCCUGGUGCCCGCCGCCGAGCCCGGCACCGCCUUCACGCUGGAAUUCCGCUGCGGAAAGGUGGCCUUUCGGGACGGGGAGGGCCGCUACCUGGCCCCCUCGGGGCCCAGCGGCACCCUCAAGGCGGGCAAGAGCGCCAAGGUGGGCAAGGACGAGCUCUUCGCCCUGGAGCAGAGCUGCCCGCAGGUCGUGCUGAGAGCCGGCAACGACAGGAAUGUCUCCACCCGGCAAGGGAUGGACCUUUCAGCCAACCAGGACGAGGAGGGUGACCAGGAGACCUACCAGCUGGAGAUCAACAAGGACACCAAGAAAUGCGCCUUCCGCACCUACACCGGGAAGUACUGGACCCUCACCUCCAACGGGGGCAUCCAGUCCACAGCCUCCACAAAGAACGCGAGCUGCUACUUCGACAUCGAGUGGUGCGACAAACGCAUCACCCUGAAAGCUGCCAACGGCAAGUACGUGACAGCAAAGAAGAACGGGCAGCUGGCAGCCUCCAUGGAGACAGCAGGCGAGACGGAGCACUUUGUGAUGAAGCUGAUCAACAGGCCCAUCAUCGUGCUGCGCGGCGAGCACGGCUUCAUCGGCUGCCGCAAGGUCACCGGCACCCUGGACUCCAACCGCUCCUCCUACGACGUCUUCCAGCUGGAGUUCAACGACGGCGCCUACAACAUCAAGGAUACCACUGGGAAGUACUGGAUGGUGGGGAGCGAGUCGUCCGUCACCAGCAGCAGCGACACCCCCGUGGACUUCUUUUUUGAGUUCUGCGACUAUAACAAAGUGGCCAUCAAAAUCAAUGGCAAAUACCUGAAGGGCGACCACGCCGGGGUGCUCAAGGCAUCGGCCGACACCAUCGACGCCUCCACCCUCUGGGAAUAUUAAUGCACUUUAGGGUACCUCCCGUUGCCAACUUCUCUUUCCCUUCCUGUCCUCUUUUCCUUUGGGUUCUGUUUCUCCUCUCUGUAACAGGAUUUUCAGACUGGCUUGCCCUUCCCUCCUGCCAUAGAGUUGGUGAGUUAUGUGGGAGGUGGGUCUCCGUAAAUCCCUGUAAGAACUGGAAAAGUGGUGGGGCUGCCUGCCUAUAGCUUUGUAGAGGGGUCUGUCUCUAUCCCCCCAUCCUUGCCUCCCUCCAGGUUUGCUGGGCUUGGAAAUGGCCGUAUCCCCCUCCUGGCCCUGAGCAUCACCUUAGGUAGUUGAUUUUCCUCUCCUCAAUUAAAGAAAGGGAAUAAGAUCACCUCUGUGCUCGCUUCUGCCAUAUCAGCACUGGCAC